CUGCUGUACUACUGUACUACUGUACUACUGUACUACUGUACUACUGUACUACUGUACUGCUGUACUGCUGUACUACUGUACUACUGUACUACUACUACUACCACAUGUACUCAUUCUAUAAUAGUAAGGAACACAAGAUAAUGGAUUUUUCGAAUCCGUUUGCGUUUGACUCAGGAGAACAGCAAUUUCCCAUCACGUCACCUAACUGGCCCAUGACGUCAUCAGAAGACCCGCUGGGAUCAGUGGUGACGCCAUCGUCCCGGAGGUCACGUUACCAGUCACAUCCCGGAGCAGUGAGGGAGGGGGAGGAGGAGGAGGAGGAGGAAGAGGAGGGCAGCAGGGUCAGAAAACUCAGUCAGAGACAACUUUCUCAAGUUCUAGUUCAUUUUCCCCUAGAACGGAGCGGGGAUAUUCCUGUACUCUUCUCCGCCAAGCCGCUUCACAGUGAUGACAAGAAGGUCCCAGACAAGAAAUGCCAGAAAAAUAAGGAGAAAAGGGAGACGAUACAGGUGAUAUACACGGCGGGGCGACCUCCCUGGUACGAUUCUACAGGACACCAGGAAGCGGACGCCUUCGUCAUCGGCCUCUGCGGAGGAAGCGCUUCCGGGAAAACUUCCGUCGCCAAAGUAAUCGUGGAAGCUUCAGGUGUACCGUGGGUGGUGAUCCUGUCUCAGGACUGUUUUUACAAAGAAUACAAUGACAAGGAAAAAGAGCUUAUUGCCAAGAACGAAUUUAAUUUUGAUCAUCCUGAUGCUUUUGAUUUCGAUUUGAUUUACAAAACGUUAAAAAAGCUGAAGUCCGGUAAACAGGUGAAAGUUCCAGUCUACGAUUACGUUACUCAUCGGAGGAAAAAAAUUUGGAAUACUGUAUACGGUGCUAACGUAGUCAUAUUUGAAGGGAUCUUAGCCUUCGCUGAUAAAAGAUUAGUAGAGCUGAUGGAUUUGAAGGUGUUUGUGGACACGGACAGUGACAUCAGACUGGCGAGAAGACUGAAAAGGGAUAUAUCAGACAGGGGCAGAGACCUCGGCAGUGUUCUUCAUCAGUACAACACUUUCGUUAAACCAUCGUUUGACACGUACAUAGCUCCCACAAUGUCGUUAGCAGAUAUAGUAAUACCUCAAGGGGUGGAAAAUGACGUAGCUCUACAGCUCAUCAUACAGCAUGUCAAACGUGAACUGGACAGACGCGGAUAUGUGACCCGGUCUAAAACUACCUGUAAUAACGACAACCUGCUCACAGAACUACCACUACCAGAAAGUUUAGUUAUUUUACCGAGCACUAGCGAGGUUAAAGUACUCCUCACUAUCAUCAGAGACAAGACAACAAUACGAGAUGAUUUUAUCUUCUACUCACAAAGAUUGAUGAGACUGCUGCUGGAACUCAGCCUCACAUUCCUACCCGUCACCCCGGAGACCGUCCCCACAUUCCGAGGGGAAGAGUACAACGGGGUAGCCUUCACUGGCAAGCUGUGUGCGGUAUCUAUAGUGCGAGCUGGCGAGGUGAUGGAAACAGCGGUGCACUCAGUUGUGAAGGAUAUCUCUAUUGGCAAGAUACUGAUCCAGACGUGUCAGAGUACGGGGGAACCGGCACUUCACUAUCUCAGACUACCUUACGGGAUUGCAAGCAUGCACGUGAUGCUAAUGGACGCCACUCUAGCGACCGGGGCUGCGGCUAUGAUGGCUAUCAGAAUAUUAUUGGAUCACGACGUUCCAGAGGAGUUCAUCAGUUUCGUUUGCCUGAUAGCAUCUAAACCUGGUGUCCAAGCGAUCGCCUACGCGUUUCCCAAGGUACGCAUUAUUAUGGGUGAGCUGGAUCCGGAUAUUGAUGAACACUACCAUAUUUGUCCCGGUUUGGGAAACUUCGGGGACAGGUUCUUCGGGACAAGCUGAGAGGAUUGUUCGUCACAUAGAACGAUAACCCUUGAAGAUGAUAAUAACAUUGGUAACUGUGAUGUUUUGUAGUAGUAUUAUGGAUAAUGACUAUGACAUGGUCCUUAACUGAUCACGUUUUAAACAAUACUAAAUCAUUAUAUGAUGGGGCAUAUUGCAAUGAUAGUAAUUUAAUAAUAAUAUAAUACCGAUUUAAUGGGAAUUCAUUUAAUUUCAAUUUUUAAAUGUUUUAUACUGACUGUAGGAGUUUCUGAUGCAAUUCUUGCCAAAAUGUCAAGGCUGUUAAAUUCGUCAAAAAAAGUACGGCGUAUUUAGAGUUCUCAAAAAUACGCGAAUAAUUCGCCAAUUUACUCAACUACUUCAAGUUUAAAUUUUUAGGGCUGUUAAAUUCGCCAAGAAAUGCGCGGAAAAAUCAGUAAAAACGCGGCUGUGGGAACGCGCAGCAUUCUCGAGUAUGAUAUGAUCUCGCGCCUCCGCAGUAAUUUUAAAUUUUCCCUGCCACGUGUUGACUAUCGUGAACAUUUUGGUGCGCACACGUGAUUUUCUUGUCCCGCAUUUAUUUUAAAUACGGACAUUUUAAGAGAAAAAUUCGUGUGCGAAUUUAAUUCGAAUAAUACGUUUAAUGCGAAUUUCACAGCAUUGAACAAAAAGGAAACACCGCAUGCGGCGCCUCUAGCUCAGUAUGGUAAAUUGUAACCAUUGCAUUGUAUCCGCUGGGCUUUUAUAUUUUUAUGUAUAUGAUGUUUUUAAGGUAUUGAACUUUGGUCUUUGAUUCACAAAUACUAAAUAGGAAUUUGGAAUUGAAUAUAAAUAUUUGUAAAAUUAAGAAGUUUGUUAUUUUCCUCAAGUAGGUAAUCUGUAAGUUUGGAUCUAUUUUUAAACUGUUAUAUUAGAUAAACAAGUGUGAAGUGUAACGGUUGGUUUAGGUUGCGAAACAUUUGAAUUUCAGAUGAGUGAAUUGGUCGUAUGUUUGAUGUUUUAAGUUUUAAAAAUGUUCUUAUUGAAAUGUGAAA